AUGACGAAACUUAUUUUGUGCUGUGUAUGUGCUCAUCAAAAAGUAUAUAAGGUGCUGGGAUGGACCUCUGGGCAGUCACAGACCAUCACGAUGCAGCGCCUCGCUCUCUUCCCGGUGUGCCUGCUGGGUUCUGCCCUGGCACUGCCCUCCCAGGCCUUUCUGGGAAGGAACGCUUCAGGCCGCAUCAUUGAGGGGACCAACGCGGACAUCGCCGACUACCCAUGGCAGGUGUCCUUCCAGAAGUUGGGUUCGCACAACUGUGGAGCGUCCAUCAUCGGCUCCAGCUGGGUCCUGACGGCGGCCCACUGCGUGGACGGCCUCAGUCUCACAUGGAUGAGUCUCCGGGUCGGCAGCUCAAUCCGAGAGAGCGGAGGCUCCGUCCUGCAGGUAUCCGGUUCGCUUCUGGGCAGCAACGCUCAGGCGGUGGUCCUGUCCUCUGACGGCUACGAUCCGGCAGGUGGUCUGGCGGUGACGGUGACCGGCUGGGGAGACACCAGGGCUGGGGGACCUGCAGCCGCCAACCUCCAGAAGGUCGACAUCAGCAUCGUGGACCGCAACGCCUGCAGACGCAUCUUCGCCAAAACUAACACUGUGACCGACCGCAUGGUGUGUGCUGGUGAGGCCGGCCAGAGCGUCUGCAACGGAGACUCUGGCGGCCCCCUGGUCAGCGGAAACACCCAGGUGGGCAUCGUCUCCUGGGGAUAG